CACACGCUCGGGCCUGGCACUUUCUGAGUCCGCCCGCUCGGAACUUCGGUUCGAAACAAAACAAACCGCGGGGGUGGGAGACGCUGGGGCCGCUGGGGGGAGGGGGCCGGGCAUUUUUGUUCCUUGCCAGAGGGAUUGACCACAAAGAGUCGCCAAGAUAGCUGGUCCGGGAAGAAAGCGUCGCACCCCUGACCCAGACUCCGUCACUGACCCCGGCGGGCCGUUUGUCUCAUCCAAACGGCUGAAGAUGUCCAGCAGUGCCAGCAUCCCUGGCCAGAGGAGAACAGCACGGGGAGCAGAGGAUGCAACUAAUAAGAAGAAGCAGAAAGACCGAGCCAAUCAGGAGAGUAAGGAAGGCGAGAGGCCAGUGGGCAGUGACUCGAAGAAAGACCUGCUGCUGGACUGGAAGCAGAAUGCCCAUGAGGUAAUCGUGAAGCUGAACUUGGGCAGCGGGGCCGUGAAGACGGAGGAAGUGGGAACCUCUUUCACAGACACCAGCUGCAUUGUCAAUUUACCUGAUGGUCGCCAGUGGAGCUGCCAGUUCUAUGAGGAGAUUGAGGGCUCCUGUAGUAAAGUCCAGUGGAAGAAGGGCAACGUCCUCCAUCUGGUGUUUCAGAAAAAGAUCCCUUUGCAUAUCUGGCCUUCGCUCUUGAAGCGCAGCAAGGAGGUCCCAAAGGAGCAGCCCAAGAGGACUGUGUGUAAGGAGAAUGGCAAGGAGAAGCCCCCUUCGGCAGAGGAGGCUUCCGAGGAACUCCACCCUGAUGGCACCGCGGAGCCGCCCCGGGCCAAACGAGAGCUCUCCAACCCAAAGCGGGCCCCGGGGAGGAAGGAGCCGGCGGGAGAGAAGAACCCAGCAAGUCCCGGGCUGCCAAGUGGCCCUAGUGCCAAGAGGGCCGUGUACGUCAAAGCCACGCUGCCUGAGGAGGAAGGCAACAGCAGCCUCACAGGGAGCUCAGGGCUCAGUGAGAUGAUUGGGAAUCACAGGAAUGGCCACGGUGCCCAGGGGGAUGCCCGGCUGGACCUGAAGGCUGACAGCCUAGAGAAGGAGCCAGUACCCAUGGAAAUGCAGCCACCUGCACCACCUGCAGGCUCAUUGCCCCACCGGCUUGGGUCCUACUCAGAGAAGAGGGUCCCACCACCAGCCAGUUCUUCUGAGGCUCCGCAGGGGCUGGAAGCUGCUUCUGCCUUCAGUGAAGGCCUCUCCUCCUCUCUGCCAUCCAUGGACACUGAGAAGAGAGGCUGGUCCCAGGACAGUGAUGCUUUAGAGGCCGUUCCGAAUGAACCAGAGCCUAUCGUGAACCUAACAUUUGUGAAGAAUGAUUCAUAUGAAAAAGGGAAUGAUUCUAUGGUUGUGCACAUUUAUGUGAAGGAGAUUCACAAAGAGACAUUCAGGGUUCUUUUCCGGGAGCAAGACUUCACACUGUUGUUCCAGACGAGUGAUGUCAACUUUCUGCGACUACAUCCAGACUGCAGCUCUCACACAAUGUUCAGGUGGCAAGUAAAACUCAGGAACCUCAUAGAGCCCGACCAGUGCACGUACAACUUCACCACUGCUCGCAUCGACAUCUGCCUGAAAAAGCGGCACAGCCAGCGCUGGGGGGGCUUGGAGGCUCCUGCCACACGAGGUGCAGUGGGUGGUGCAAAGGUUGCCAUACCAACAGGCCCUACCCCUCUGGACAAAAGCCAACCUGGGAGUAACCAGCACCCACUGUCCACUAAGGAGGAGGCAAGAGCGGGUGAGAAGGAAAAGCCACGGACCGAGGACACUGGUCUGGACAGUGUAGCUGCUCGGACAGUGUCAGAGCACGUGCCGGUGAAGCAGGAGCCACAUGUACCCUCGCCCAAGCCGACAUGCAUGGUCCCACCCAUGACUCACAGCCCAGUCAGCAGCAAAAGUGUGGAGGAGGAGGAAGAGGAGGAGGACAAGAAGGUCUGCCUGCCAGGCUUCACAGGGCUGGUGAACCUGGGCAACACCUGCUUCAUGAACAGUGUUAUCCAGUCACUCUCCAACACCCGGGAGCUGCGGGACUAUUUCCAUGAUCGCUCCUUCAAAUCCGAAAUCAACUACAGUAACCCCCUGGGAACUGGGGGGCGCCUGGCUAUUGGCUUCGCUGUGCUGCUGAGGGCUCUCUGGAAGGGCACGCACCAUGCCUUCCAGCCUUCAAAGCUGAAGGCGAUUGUGGCCAGUAAAGCUAGUCAGUUUACGGGCUACGCUCAGCACGAUGCCCAGGAAUUCAUGGCUUUCCUGCUGGACGGGCUCCACGAGGACCUGAACCGCAUCCAGAUCAAGCCCUACACGGAGACGGUGGACUCGGAUGGGCGGCCUGAUGAGGUGGUUGCAGAAGAGGCCUGGCAGCGACACAAGAUGAGGAACGACUCCUUCAUUGUGGACCUCUUUCAGGGCCAGUACAAGUCCACACUGGUGUGCCCCGUGUGCUCUAAGGUGUCUAUCACGUUUGAUCCCUUCCUGUAUCUGCCCGUCCCCCUCCCCCAGAAGCAGAAGGUGCUGACGGUCUAUUACUUCGCGAAAGAACCCCACAAGAAACCUGUCAAGUUCCUGGUGAGCAUCAGCAAAGAGAAUUCUAUGGCCAUGGAGGUGCUAGAGUCAAUAUCCCACAGCACGCGAGUGAAUCCUGAGAACCUGCGCCUGGCUGAAGUAAUCAAGAACCACUUCCACCGCAUGUACCUGCCUUCCCACUCGCUGGACUGUGUCUCCCCCACAGACCUUCUGUUGUGCUUUGAGGUCCUGUCUCCUGACCUGGCCAAGGAGCGCGUGGUGGAGCUGCAGGUUCAACAGCGCUCUCAGGUGCCCAGCGGGCCUGUCACCGAAUGUGCCGCCUGCCAGAAGAAGCAGCAGUCGGAGGAGGAGAAGCUGAAGCGCUGCACUCGGUGCUACCGUGUCGGUUAUUGCAAUGUUGACUGUCAGAGGAAACACUGGCAUGACCACAAAGCUUCGUGCCGCCCUGAGAACAUCGGCUUCCCCUUCCUCAUCAGCGUGCCAGAGCCCCUUUGUCUUCUCCUCCCCCCCCCGGCUAGGUACUCAGUCAGUGUAUUCCAGCCACCUUUCCAGGUGGGCAGGAUGUCACCCGAGCAGAGCUUGCCGUCCCAGCUUCCUGACAAACAGGAGCCUCCUGCCAGGAGCAGCUGUGCUACAGUGGCCUCCGCAGCCGCCGCCUCAGCGGCCAGCACCACCAUGGAGUCGGGAGACGGCGCUCCAGCUCCACACCUCCUGCAGGAACCCCAGGCACUUCUCUCGGCCCCCGAGCUACAGCCUGAGCUGGGGGAUAGCGGCGCCGUGAGGAGCAAGGUUCCCAUAGGAAGGAGCGCCUUGCUGAGCUUGGAUUCGGGCUUCUCCGAGCCCCCGUUGGAUGCGCGGGCUGAGGGCUGCGUGGAGAAGGAGAUUCCUUUGGAGAGAGCCUCCAAGCCAGAAGCUGCCAUCCCUGGUUACCAGCACCCAGCUGAGGGUCCCAGUUCCCACACUACCCAGUUCUACAUCAACAAGAUUGAUGCAUCCAACAGAGAACAGAAGCUGGAGGAUAAGGGAGACACCCUGCUAGAUCUGCCUGAUGACUGCUCCCUGGCUCUGGUCUGGAAGAACAACGAGAGGAUGAAGGAGUUUGUGCUGGUGGAGUCCAAGGAGCUGGAAUGUGUGGAGGACCCGGGCUCAGCCAGCGAGGCAGCCAGGGCAGGCCACUUCACCCUCGAGCAAUGCCUCAACCUCUUCACCAAACCGGAGGUGCUGGCCCCAGAGGAGGCCUGGUACUGCCCGAAGUGUAAGCAGCAUCGUGAGGCAUCCAAGCAGCUCAUGCUGUGGCGCCUGCCCAACGUCCUCAUCAUCCAGCUCAAGCGCUUCUCCUUCCGCAGCUUCAUAUGGAGGGACAAGAUCAAUGAUAUGGUGGAUUUCCCUGUCAGGAGCUUGGACCUGAGCAAGUUCUGCAUUGGCCAGAAGGACGAGCAGCAGCUGCCCAUGUAUGACCUAUAUGCGGUUAUCAAUCACUACGGAGGCAUGAUUGGUGGACACUACACAGCUUACGCCCGGCUGCCCAGUGACAAGAACAGCCAACGCAGUGAUGUGGGUUGGCGGCUCUUCGACGACAGCACAGUCACUACGGUGGAUGAAAGCCAAGUGGUGACCCGAUAUGCCUACGUGCUUUUCUACCGCCGGCGGAACUCUCCUGUAGAGAGACCUCCCCGAGGGCCACCUCACCCUGCAGAUCCUCGGGCGGAAUUGGCUGCGUCUGCUGAGGCAGCAGCCAGUCAGGCUUCUCUGCUCUGGCAGGAACUGGAGGCCGAAGAGGAAGCUGCCAGGAGGCUUAUGAGGAACCCCUGGGGGCCUUGCAGCCGAAGAACGAAGCACCUCGCCUCGGAGUGCCCCGGAGAAGGCCACGUCCGAUAUUUUGUCCUGGGAACCAUGGCAGCCAUUGUGGCACUCUUCUUGAAUGUCUUCUACCCGCUCAUCUAUCAAACGCGCUGGAGAUAGCAGCCGACAGCAGCAAGUCACAAGGAGGGGAGGGGGCAGCCAGCCAGCCAGCUUCCUUCCGACUGGGCUCUCCUCCUUUUUACAUCUUUGUGGUGAGGGGCUGGGAAGCUCCUUGCCAGGUAGGUUGCAAGAAGAAGCCCUUGUGCCAGUAGCUCCUCGUGGAGAAGAUGCCCAGUCCCGGGCCCACUCUACAUCCCACUUGGCCGACUACAUGAAUUUGUAAUCUGGGAAGAGUCCUUGUGGCUCGUUGCCUGGGAAAUCUCAGCUGGACUGACUUCUCUCGUAGGUGGCUGUUGUAGACUUUGGCCCCUGUGCAACAAGUGCUGGCAAAUAUGUGUGUGUUCUGGCAGGAGCUGCAGAUCUGCCUCUGUCCCUGUAACUGGACGGAAUAUGUUUGUCUAGGCCGCUCUCUCUGCCUUGGGUCACUCCGUCCCCUCACUGGUGCCUGGUGUUUAAAGGCUGUACCAGCUUUCCCAGUUUGGCAUUAUCCCCAUUCUUGGAGCAGGAGGGAGAAAGAUAUCUGGCCUGUCAUUUUGAAUGGGUGUCAGCUUCCCGGGGGGGUAUUAGAGGAGUAGGCACUGCUGACUCUUCCAGGCGCUGGUGGAUUGGGUUAGGUCCCUUUUUCAUGGUGUCCGGUUGGCCUGCAGCCUGAUCGAUCUCAUACGCACACCCCUCCCAGCUCAGGUGUCUUUUGUCUAGGUUUGAUGCUAGACUGGAAUUCAGAGUGUAAACGGGAGCUUCUCAUCCUUGUCCCUCAAGCCAGGCCUGCACUGUGCUAAGCAGUUUGUAGCAGUGGGCUAUCUGCAGUGGGACAGACGACGCAACUUUGAUUUUAUACGUUGUCUCCUGUACCUGUCUCUGGGAAUGCAUACGCGUGUGCCUCUCUGCACACGUGCAGCAGUGGAAGAAGGUGUCAUUGAGUUUGCAUUUCUUAAUCUAGCCCCACAGGCCGUGGUUCCUCAUACGUAAUGCAGCAUCCCUCGUGUGCCUCUAGACCACAGAUUAAAUCCUUAAGCUUUCCUAAUGUAUGCCUUGGCUGAGGCCAGAUAAGUAAGAGUUGUUUUGAAAAUUUAUUCUUCAGGGGAAGUGAUCCUUUGCAACACCCUCCUUUUGUUUCACAUAUGAUCGAGAGUUCCUAUUAUUCAUAUGUAUUCUAGGAAUCUAAUGGAAGCUCUUUUUAAAAAAAAAAAAAAUCCCAGCACUUUCAAGAGGCUUUUUCUGUC